AUGGCAUAUACGAAGCUCAAGAAUAUCGCGCCUGAUGAAAGGAUACUCCAGAAGAAACAAAAAUUAGAUUCAUCAAUCAGUGAGCACAAGCAGCAGCAGCAACAACAAAGUCAACAAUCACCACCCAACGAUAGCAUUGACAUAAGCCAGGAUGCACCAAUUCUACUGACACUAAUUCAAUAUCAACGAAAUAGUGAAGAGUUAACUCAGGAGUUGAAGAAUCUACUAAUCAAGUAUUAUUGGGCAGGGUUUGAACUACAUGAUAAGUUGCACGAGGCUGAACCUGUUGCUGCAAGUGAAGUGGAUAAGGCUGUUGACAAUGAGAAUAACGAAGGAGAGAAAAGUUAA